CCCUCCCCUUCCCUCCGCCCGCCCGGUACCCCGCUGAAGGUCAGCCGCGCUUUGUUCCCGCCUCGGCCUCCUCCCCGUUCUCCGGCGCGCACGUGCAGCUGGACACCGCGCCCCCAGCCUCGCGGAGCGCUCCAACCGGACGAACGGGACGGAGGGUCCUGCCUGUAGGACGGGUCGUGAGCCCCGGCGGCGCGACGGGUUACGGUCUCUGUCUAAGCCCGAUUAGGCGGCGGGAUGACAGACCAUGCUUAGUGUCUGGUAAUGGCAGAUUCCAACAUUUAUCCCUUAGGGCCCUAAGGGGAUAAAAGCAUUCAGAUGGCAGAUAACAGUUUUUCAGAUGGGGCUCCUGCAGAUUCUGUGAAAGCUGCUAAAAAUGCAAGUAACACAGAAAAGCUCACAGAUCAGGUGAUGCAGAAUCCACAAGUUCUGGCAGCUUUACAGGAACGACUUGACAAUGUCUCUCACACUCCUUCCAGCUACAUUGAAACAUUACCCAAAGCAGUCAAGAGGAGAAUUAAUGCACUGAAGCAGCUUCAGGUGAGGUGUGCACACAUAGAAGCCAAGUUCUAUGAAGAAGUCCAUGACCUGGAGAGAAAGUAUGCAGCAUUGUACCAACCUCUGUUUGACAAGAGAAGAGAAUUCAUCACUGGUGAUGUGGAGCCAACAGAUGCAGAAUCAGAAUGGCACAGUGAAAAUGAAGAGGAGGAGAAGCUGGCUGGAGACAUGAAAAAUAAAGUAGUCAUAGCAGAGAAAGAAGAAGCAGCAGCUGAAGAGCUAAAUCCCAAAGGAAUCCCAGAGUUCUGGUUCACUAUUUUUAGAAAUGUGGAUAUGCUCAGUGAGCUAGUGCAGGAAUAUGAUGAGCCAAUCUUGAAACAUCUGCAAGAUAUUAAAGUGAAAUUUUCAGACCCUGGACAGCCUAUGUCUUUUGUGUUAGAGUUCCACUUUGAACCCAAUGACUACUUUACCAAUCCAGUCCUGACAAAAACAUACAAGAUGAAGUCAGAGCCAGACAAGGCCGACCCCUUUUCCUUUGAAGGUCCUGAAAUUGUGGACUGUGAUGGGUGUACCAUUGACUGGAAGAAAGGAAAAAAUGUUACAGUCAAAACCAUCAAGAAAAAACAGAAGCAUAAGGGUCGGGGCACUGUUAGAACAAUUACUAAACAAGUGCCCAAUGAGUCAUUUUUCAACUUCUUCAGUCCACUAAAAGCCUCUGGGGAUGGCGAAUCACUGGAUGAAGAUUCUGAAUUCACUUUAGCCUCAGAUUUUGAAAUUGGACACUUUUUCCGUGAGCGAAUAGUGCCGAGGGCUGUGCUCUACUUCACUGGGGAGGCCAUAGAAGAUGAUGACAAUUUUGAAGAAGGUGAGGAAGGAGAAGAGGAGGAAUUGGAAGGUGAUGAGGAGGGAGAAGAUGAGGAUGAUGCUGAAAUUAACCCCAAGAAAGAGCCCAGCCAACCGGCAGAAUGCAAGCAGCAGUGAGGAGUGGGCACCUCGGGAUGGCUGUCAGGACCCAGCUGUGGCAGGGCCUCAGGCCUCGCUGCAGCACACCAUAUGGACAGUGCUUAUAACGUCUAAUGCGUUUUCAAGUGCAUGAUUUUCACUUUUCCUUUUCCUUCUUAUUUUGCUUAACUUGUACAGUGGCAACUGAAAUGCAUUUCAGAAAUAGGAGGUUUAGUUCUAGCACCCUCUGUGGCCUUGGUGCCUGCAGCCCUGGACCUGCCUAGGCCCUGCCCUUGAGAAGGUCCACACACCACACGGAAUGGGGGAAGUCACUCCUGGAAAGGACAGAGGUCUGAGGACUCAGUUUCAGGGCUCCUGGAGCCUCUCCUGCAGACUGGCUGAGUCCCUCUCUUUGAUUCAAAGAAACCCGUUUCCACCACUGACCCUACUGCUCGGAAGCUGCUUCAGCCAUUAUAUCCUAAUCAUCUCAGAAGAGCUGAGUAAAGUUAAGGCUGUGUUUACUUAGAGUGUUUUUCUUGUGUUUUAGUUUGCUAGGGAUUGGGUAGGUUGUGGCGCACACUUUCUCUGAGGCAGGAGCUGUAGUGAUACCCUUGUAUUUAUUUAUUCAUUGUGCUUGAAGGAUUUUGAAUUUACACUGUUGUUCAUCCUUACCAUUGAUGAAACCAUAUCGGCGACUUGACCAGGAGGGUGUGCUGUCUCCUAGCAGGACCAUGGCCUGUGCUGCUUUCUGCAGCCAGCUGAUGAGGGCAAGAGCUUGUUCUGUGACAUGUGGACCACAUGUUGCUGUUGGAAGGUCUUUGGGGAUGGAAGGGGCUGCAGAGUACAGCUUUUCAGUCCAGUGUGUGAAUGUUCCAUCUUGCUUUCUUGGUAACCCCCAUUUCUGGACUCCACCAGUCAUCCUGUCUUAAGAGCCCUGGGUUUCGUGUGACUGGUUGGUGGCUGGUAUGUAGGGUUUUUGAAUAUGUGGCAGUGGUCUCUGGCACCUGGGGACAGCAUGUCCACGCUGACCAGGUAUGUAGAGAGUGCUCAGCCUUACCUAAUAACACAUUUGUAACUGAAUACAGUGUUUUCAAUUUGUACAGAAUAGUUAGA